GUGCAGCGACAGGUGCAUGUGAGGGGCUUCCAGACCGGCGUGCGGAGCCGUGUGCAGAACAUUCAGACCAACCGCCGCCCACAGCGUGCAUGAGCUGGGGCGAAAGAGGCCGAGAAUAUGCUCCGAGGGCUGCACUUGCAGGUGUAUGCCUGCACACUGAGAGUCGAGGCUUUGGGAAAUUGGGAGGUUUAAAAGCUGCACCGCUUGUCGAUAUAAGUCUUGAUAUACUGGUAGCUUCGCAACUUCGGCAAGACGCUCUUUCGCAGCUCUGCGCCGUCUGCCACCCGCGCGCACCGCCUCCUUCAGACUCCCGCCCCGGGAGAUCGUCAUCCUGGGCCUGGCCCGGCCUGCCCUACCCUGCCUUGCCUUGUCUUGCCUUGUCCUGCCUUGCCUCCGCUUCGCACGCCGCCCGCCCUCCGCGCCAGGCGUCUCCCGAACUACUGUACUAGUUCUCCGUCCAGGACUGUACUAAAGUCUUGACGCACCGACGCCCGACGCACUGACGCCAAUUGCAGCGCUGUCCGCACGCCCCAAACCCACUCCGUGCCCUCCUCUUGAGCCACUGCCAUUCCACCCCCUCCCAUCCCAUCCCAUCCCAUCCCAUCCCAUCCUUCGCGGCGUCGGCCUGCCAAACCUUCUUAGCAUUCAUAAUCGCAGCCGCACCCGGAACUCUCCAAGACUGACGUCGUACAGCGAGACA